AUGUGGCUAGCAAAUCAAACUAGUGUUCUAUUCCUUAGGUGUUACGGUCUUUUUGCAAGAGAAUUCAAUUAUUCAAUCGUCUUCAAGAAUCAAUUCAAUCUAAGGUCUAUUCAAAAUCUCCCUUUAAAUUUUAAAUCCUCUUAUUCAUCAAUGUCCAGCUCUGCAUGUGUGAAUUUAAAUGCCCCACAGGCUGCUCCUACUUGGAAUUGGACUCCUUCUCAAUUGGUUAAAGAUGCAGAAGAUUUAAUUGACCAAAGCAAUCAUUUUUAUGAUGCCCUAACUAACUUGAAAAGUCCUGAUUUUAAUAACUUCUUAGUUCCUUAUAUGAAUUAUGAAAAUAAAGUAGGAUCUUUGAUAAACCAAUUAACUUUCUUACAACAUGUCUCGUCGGAAAAGGAUAUUAGAGACGCGUCAUUUAAAGCUACAGAUCUUUUACAAAACUUCGAAAUCGAAACAUCUUUAAGAUACGGGUUAUUCUUGCAAUUUGAUAAAAUUUGGAAUCAAAUUAAAGAUUCAAAAGAUAAAUACGAGAAGGACCCUAAAGAUUUGGAAAAUUAUGAGUUUGUUAGAAAAGUUCACAGAGAUUUUGUUAGAGCUGGUUUAAAUCUCGAUGAAUCUAAAAGAGAAAAGAUUAAAGAAAUAAAAAAAGCUAUUGCUAAUAAUUCAUUAAAAUUUGCUACUAACUUGGGGGAACAAACUGAGUUUGUUGCCUUCACUAAAGAAGAAUUAGAUGGUGUAUCAGACUCUGUUAUGGAGCAAUUCGAAAAAUUCAAUGAUGAGAAAACUGGUAAGGAAAUGUACAAGGUGACUUUUAAAUAUCCUGAUAUUUUCCCUGUUUUGAAGACUGCAAGGAAUCCAGAAACUAGAAAAAAAGCUUUUGCUGGUGACCAAAAUAAAGUUUCGGAGAAUACUGUCUUAUUUACUAAUACCUUAAAACUAAGAAAUCAAUUAGCAGAUAUCCUAGGUUAUUCAACCUACGCUAAUUAUAAUUUAGAGUUGAAAAUGGCAAAGGCCCAAGAUUCAGUUUUUAAAUUUUUAGAAGAUUUAAUUGAUAGAUUAAAGCCCCUAGGAUCAAAAGAAAUUGAAAUAUUAAAAUCUAUUAAAGAAAAAGAGUUUAAAGAAUUGAACUUACCUUUUGACAACCAUUAUUAUGUCUGGGAUCAUAGAUAUUAUGAUAAUAAGUAUUUAAAGGAUAACUAUAAUGUUGACCUAGAAAAAAUAUCAGAAUACUAUCCUUUAGAUUCUACUAUCGAAGGUAUGUUAAAUAUUUACGAAACUUUAUUAAAUUUGAAAUUUAUCGAAGAAAAAGAUGAUUCUAAAAAUAAAAAUGUUUGGCAUAAGGAAGUUAAACAGUUAGCUGUUUGGAAAAUGGAUAAUCCAGAAAACCCAGAAUUUGUGGGUUGGAUUUACUUCGACUUACAUCCUAGAGAUGGUAAAUAUGGUCAUGCUGCUAACUUCGGUAUUUCUUCAUCAUAUAUUAAACCAAAUAAUGAAAGAUCGUACCCAGUUACAGCUUUGGUUUGUAACUUCUCAAAAGUCACUGCUGAUAAACCUGCUUUAUUGAAGCAUAAUGAGAUUACAACUUUUUUCCAUGAAUUAGGUCAUGGUAUUCAUGAUCUAGUUGGCAAAAACAAUAAUUCAAGAUUUAAUGGACCAGGUGCUGUUCCUUGGGAUUUUGUUGAGGCUCCUUCUCAGAUGUUAGAGUUCUGGACUUGGAAUAAAAACGAAUUGUUAUCUUUAUCAAAGCAUUAUAAAACGGGUGAAAAAAUUCCAACUGAAUUGUUAAAUUCUCUAGUCGCUACAAAACAUGUUAAUGGUGCUUUAUUCGCUUUAAGACAGUUACACUUCGGUCUAUUCGAUAUGAAAGUUCAUACUUCAAAAGAUCUAGAAAAUUUGGAUUUCUUAAAAUUAUGGAAUGAAUUAAGAGAGGAAGUUAGUUUAGUUGAGAAUGGUGAUUUAUUCACUAAAGGUUAUGAUUCUUUUGGGCAUAUCAUGUCUGAUUCAUACUCUGCUGGUUAUUAUGGCUAUAUGUGGGCAGAAGUUUUUGCUACCGAUAUGUAUUAUACUAAAUUUGCUGCUAAUCCAUUAGAAACUAAAGUUGGGGUAGAAUACAGAGAUUGGGUUCUAGCAAGAGGUGGACUCUAUGAGAUUGAAGAUAAUUUGAUUCAAUUUUUGGGUAGAAAACCAUCAAAUGAGGCUUUCUUAAAAGAAUUAGGUCUAAAUUAA